UCGAGAGAGAGCGAAAGGAAGCAGUCGUUGCUUGGACUCAACUUGAUGCAAAAAGACGUCGGACGAAAGAAAAGAAGAAACUUUUGAACACGCAAAAUGGAGAUGGAGCAGCUACGGAGGUACGGAGUCAACGGAGGUACAGUGUCGGCUAAAGAUUGAACAGCUAAAAGAGGUGUGUAUCCAAGCUAAAGUUUCUCUAGAUAAGGAAAAGAGGCACAGGUUGAUCCAAGCAAUUAAUAAGACAGUGGAUAAAGCUUUUGACGAGGAGGAACAUGACGUAGCAGAGACAUUUGUGCAAGAGUUGUUAGCUACAGCUAAGCGUUUGAGAGAAACCGCGCCUAAAUCAAAAAGUGAUGUACAAAAUGACGAGGAGCUACAAAGUCUACAAAAACAGUAGGCUAUGCUGAAAUGCAGUUGAAUUUCCAAACGUCGACCAAAAUGCUCAAGGAAGAACUGAGUCGGCUUCGUGAGAAAAUAAACAGGACACCUAGCCCACCAGACCAUCCAUUCCCCAGAGCCCCUGAACUGGAUUUAUCAGACGAUGAGUUAUUCCAACGUGACAGCGGUCGACCCGUCUCUGAACUCCACGGCCCUAGAUACUUCAGGAGUCCGUCCCCUCUGGUACCAGCUGGACAUAUGUGAGCCCUCCCCGUACGCGUUUGUGUUCUACUACAGUGUCAAGGUCAUCAACCUGGCGAUCGGCACGCCCUUGAACCUGAUGGUCAUGUGGCAGAUCGCCCGCAGCAAGAAGAGCGACUCGUCCACGUCGGACAUCUUCAUCAUCAACCUGGCCAUCCUGGAUGCCUACUUCUGCCUCAUGUCCCCCAUCGACAUGGUCAACCGGAUGGUCCUGGCCAGUGAUGGCGUGUGGUACUUCCAGCGCUUCUCCUACGGGGUCAAAGACACCGCCCCUCUCUUCCUGGUGUGCAUCUGCAUGGACCGCUAUGUCGCCGUGGUCCACCCCGUCCUCUUCACCGGUAUCCGCGACAACAAGAUCCGCGCGGCCGUCUCCGUGGUGGCGUGGUGCCUCAUCCUGGCGUACGGUCUCACCAAGAGCAUCCUGGGAGUGAUGAGCGUCAACGAGAUCUUCAGCGGCCUCAUCCUCUUCAGCUUCGCCCUCAUGAUCUUCUGCAACAUUUCCGUCGUCUGGGCGCUGAGGCGCUCCGUGGCAGGCAAGGAGGUCAUGCACCCCGUGAAGAAGAAAGCCCUGAAGAUGGUGCUGACCCUCCUGAGCAUCAUCGUCUUCAAUUACCUCCCCCCGGUGGCCCUCAUCCCCUUCUACUCCUACUUCACCGUGGCCCACUUCCGCUGCCGGGUCAGUCCUAGUGUCUUCUCCAUCAUGGACCUGAGCAGCAGCAUCGAGCCCCUGCUCUACGUGUCCAAGAUGGAUCGGCCGGCCUGGAUGGGGGAGGGGGUGUGCUGCGGGCUGUUUGCCCCCAUCAAGAAGCCCCAGGAGGUGAAGGCGUGA